AUGUACACAUUAUUUGUUUCAAAAUGGAUAAGAAUAAAACAUUUACUAAAUAUAUAUACUACAAAAAAUCGAAGAUAUAUAUGUACAAAUAUCAAAGAUGAUAAAUCACCUUUAUCCGGAAUUCGUGUUUUGGAUUUGACUCGAAUUAUUGCCGGACCUUAUUGUACCAUGAUUCUUGGAGAUCUUGGUGCUGAGAUCUUAAAAAUUGAAAAACCAGAUAGUGGGGAUGAAGCACGAAAAUGGGGUCCACCAUUUAUACAAGGAACUGAAGAAGCAACUUAUUUUCUUAGUGUUAAUAGAAAUAAAAAAAGCAUAUGUAUUGAUUUAAAAAAAGGCAAAGAUAUAAUUUAUGAGUUAGCAAAAAAAUCUGAUGUAUUAGUAGAAAAUUAUAUACCAGGAAAAUUGAAAAAAAUGGGUUUAGGAUAUGAAGAUAUUUCCAAAGUAGCACCUCAUCUAAUAUAUUGUUCUUUGACUGGUUAUGGAUAUAAAGGACCUUAUGCAAAUAGACCAGGAUAUGAUGUGAUUGCUGCUUCUAUAGGAGGUUUGUUACAUAUAACAGGUUCAAAAAAUGGUCCACCAUGUAAAGUUGGAAUAGCAGUAACUGAUUUAGCAACAGGUUUAUAUGCUCAUGGUGCUAUAUUAGCUGCAUUAUAUCAAAGAAUGACAACUAAGAAAGGACAAUGGAUUCAAUGUAAUUUAUUGGCAACACAAGUUGCUAGUUUAAUAAAUAUAGGAUCAAAUUAUUUAAAUGCUAAUAAAGAAGCAGUACGUUGGGGUUCAGAACAUGAAAGUAUUGUACCUUAUGAAGCUUUUCAUACAAAAGAUGGUUAUAUGACUGUAGGAACUGGAAGUGAUACACAAUUUUUAGAUUUGCUUAAAAGAAUGCAUUUAACAGAAUUAUCUAAAGUAGAUAAAUACAAAAAUAAUAAGACUAGAGUGGAAAAUAGAGAUGAAUUAUUAUCUAUUCUCAGAAAAAUAUUUGAAACAAAAACUAAUAAAGAAUGGGAAAUUAUUUUUGAAGGUGCUUCAUUCCCAUAUGGACCAAUAAAUACAAUAAAACAGGUUUUUGAAGAUCCUCAUAUAAACUAUAUGAAAAUGGUACAAGAAAUGGAGCAUUCUACAGGAAAAAAAAUUAAAGUUAUUGGUCCUGCUGUAACUUAUAGUUAUUCUACAAAUAAAGUUCGAUUUGCACCUCCUGUAAUGGGUCAACAUACUACAGAAAUAUUAAAAAAUAUUUUAAACUAUACUGAUGAUAAAAUAGAAACUUUAAAGAAAGUCAAGAUUGUGCAAUAAAAAAGUGGAUAUUAUUUAAAGAAAAUAUAAAAAAAAGUUUUAAUUCUAAUAUUUAAUAUAAUAAUUUAAUAAUUUGAAUUUUUAAAUAUAAACUUUAAUAAUAUUAUUAUAUAUUUUUAAUGUAACUAUAUAUUAAUUUUUUAAUAUAAACAAAUAUAUCCAUUUAAAACAAGUAA